AUGAGCGUUAAGAUUAAAUCAAGUGGAUUUGACAGGGACAACCGAAAAGGGACAAGGAGCGAGUGAGUACGUCUUCAAUAUAAUAAGGUGCGAGCAUGGUGGCUGUCCAGCGAGGUUGGGUUAAGUAGCGCAGCUCUCCGUUUUGCGCCGCAAUCUUCUCCUCAAGUUGGAUUUCACCGCAAUGAGCGAACUCUCGGAACCGACGGCCGGGAGAAGAAUGAAGGCUCGGGCCCCUCCUCCACCAGCGGCCCCUCGUCACGUCUUUCCAAACACUGUACCCGACGCCAGCGUGGAAUCCAAAGAGAACUUGAUUACACCUAGUGUGGAUUUUGAGUUGACUCUCCCGCAGGGAUACCGGAUAUCCAUAACUGAGGAUGGGAGUAAGCCGCUGAUGGACUUGCUGGUGGACCUGUGCAGCCGCUACCAUCUCAGUCCAGCACUGCACACCCUGGAUCUGUUGUCGCCCGAAGGCCACCCUUUGGGGUUCAAGCCCAACGUGUUGCUGGGCUCACUCAAUGUGGCCUGCGUCCUCAUCAAGGAGAAAGCCUGCGAAGAGAAAGCGGUGCGCAGACCGGCACCAAAGGUCCCUGAGAAAACAGUGCGUUUGAUGGUGAACUAUCACAGUAGCCAGAAGGCGGUGGUACGGGUCAACCCAUUGGUACCCCUCCAGGCUCUGAUACCGGUCAUCUGUGAAAAGUGUGAGUUUGACGCUGCAUGUGUCCAGCUCCUGAAGGACGACGUCAGCCGCCAAAAGUUACCGCUGGACAAAUCUUUAACGCAGCUGGGAAUCAAUGAGCUCUAUGUUCUCGACAAGAGUCUAGUUCUGCAGCCUAAAAUGGCUUCCACUCCGGCUCUAAACUAUUCAGACUCCUUCCACUCCAGCACUAACAGUUUGGACAGGGGCGCUAAGAAAGGCUUUUUUGGUUUAUUCCAGUUUGGCAGGAGGAAGUCCAAGACCGAGACCACAUCUGUGGGCAUGGAUGAGCCUUAUGAUAGAAUAAUCCAAAAUGAAGGCCGCAGCUCCGCACAGUCCCCAGUCCGAGCUGCUCCCAACAGAGAGGAUCAACCGAGUACCUUGGGCCAAUCUCAUUCAGUCAUGAAUGUUUUCAGGACGUCACCAAAGUGUGACACCAAGAAGAGGAGAGCUCCAGCACCACCUCCUGGGGCCCUGACCUUCUCGACGCGACAAAGUAAUCCGGAGGGUUAUCAGAUGGUCUCAAGCUCAGAAAGCCAACAGAGGAAAAGAAAGGCUCCAGCCCCUCCUUCAACCCCAGAUUCCAUCUGCAUAGACCCUUAUUGUGCGUCUACCUCCGCUACUCCCACCCCUGAUAGCCCAGCAAGUGAAAAACAUUCUCCAGCCUUCUGCACAAAGAUGGUCCAGACAACCACAAUCUCUUCCACCACUGUAAAAACAACAGUGAAGACACAAUCCCUGAAGAUCAAGGUUCAGCCUCCAUCUGGCUUCACUGUCGCACCAGUCAGUGCCUCCCCGACUCCAAGCAGCAGCACUGCUGACAGCCACGUUCUUCAGGACUCGAGCUCUGAACUUAGCCACAGCCUUGACUCCGAUCCUGACACAGAUGACGCAGUUUCCCGGUAUAGUAGCCUCACCAGCAGUACUGCAAGCGGGUCAGUUCACAUGAAACUCCCUAUGAAACGUUCCAGCACCAAAAUGAAGGAAUUGGACAAGAAUGGCAGUAUGAUGGGCAAAUUGGAAAUUCGGCCUUCUUUAACUAGGAUCUCCAAGACCGAGAGUGAGUCGCUCCCUAACCUUAAACCGGAUGAAGUUGAGAACAACAGACACGGCACAAUGGGAACAACUGAUCUCCCAGCGCCACCCAAGCCCCGUCGUUCACCAGCCUGGGAACGCCCUGACCAGUCUACCCCUCCUCCGUUGUCACUUGAAACCACCAAAAGCAGAACCACACGGAGCGCCGCGCGAGAGGAGGAAGCUGCUUCUCAGUCUUGGCUCCAUUCUAUAAAGAGAAUGGGAGCCACUGUCCAGGCCCCAGAAAGUGAAACCGCUGAGGCUGAGACGUUGUCCUUGGGACACAGCAGCAGUGGCAGCAGUCUACCAGAUCAAGGUUACGCCGCCUCUGAGGGAAUGGUAGAUGGCGACGACUCAGGCCUGGUGAGCUCCCCAUCCGACACCUUUCCCACAUCCCCAAACGGGACUUUCUUUUUGGAGAGAAAUUGUGGAGCCACGCCAGAGAGACUGCCUGGGCCUGUCCGAGACAUUUCCAGUGACAGUGAUGAGGGAUGUGCCACCUGGGGCUCAAAUAACAGCAAACUGCAGGCAAAAUCAGGAAAACUACACAACAACUUUGAUGAGAAAUGCAAAUGGUUCCAUCAGGCAAACAUGGGAGCAGACCUUCCAGACAUUUCAACAGGGAUUCUUGGUGUGCCGGUGUCUGUAGUGGACAUGAAUGUACCCGUCACAGCCAUAGAUGAAAUAUUGGAAGACUGUAAACCUCUUGUGGAAGACAAUAAGGCAGCAGUUCUCUCUGGGAUGAAGUUAGCAGAUCGUAAGGGUUCAGAGAGUCCUGCAGAGCGGUGCAACAAGAACAAUAAUGCUUGCACAGCUGCUUGCACUAAAAAAAGUAGCAUUGUGAAUGUUAAACCUGAUCAGUAUAGGAUCACACUGGGAAAUGGGCCAAGUGAUUGUACAAAGAAAAAGACAAAUGACGACGUGAAAGAGGAUACACAAGGACGGUUAGCCGUCAAAGCUAUGGAGUCUCAGCAGGAACACUGCAACAACACGACGAUAAAAAAUCCAACAGUCAGAUCUGAUCUGUUGAUGAAGAGUAACACUCAUACUUUACAUGAGGACAGUGCUGUCCUCCCCCAAGCCAGCCAGAGAUCACUGUCCACAGAAAAAGUAGACAAUCACAGUUCUUACCAAAAUAACUCCAGCUCAAAUAUGGGGCCCAGGAAAGUUACUUGCAAUCCCACCUCUCGAUUGGGUAUGAAAACAUUCACCAUUGUGCCACCCAAGCCCUCUGUCAUGCAGGGUGGUUCGCAAAAUGCGUCUGCCACAUUAACUGCUGGUGCUAUUAAAAUUGAUGAGCAAGGAAAUAUCAUGAAAACGCGUGACCGCCGCAGCAAAGUGGUUGAUGCAACAGAAUCUGGAAUUACCAGAAGCAAGGAGUGUCCUCUUGUCGGAAAAGCCAAAGCCUUUUGGAGCUGUAGUGAAAGACAAGAAUGUGCUCUUCCUUGUCACGCAGGUGUGACUGACAAGGCAAAGGGGAGCUUCGAGAACUUUACGAAUACUGCAAAAAGUGCUGCGCCCAAAGAGACUGGUGGAAAAAUCAAUAAAACAAUGAAUAAUGUCCUUGUUGCAAAUGAGGCACCAGCAGAAAUGGGUAAUAUUUCAGUACUUGGACGUAUUAAACAACCACAACCGGCACUCCCUUCAGAUCUUCCUCCUUUCCUCAAACCAACCAGACGUACAUCAAGCCAGUAUGUGGCAUCUGCCAUCAAUAAAUACACCCCGAUGGCAUCCGCAAAACCCAACAUUGUGUCCUCGCCCUCCCAGUCCUCUCCUUUAUCACAGAACUUUGCUUUCCAUACACUAGGUCACGCCGUACAAGUAAAUCCACGGCAGUCCUCCAAGAUAUCGUUGACAGAAAAUAACACCAAGAAGGCGGGUCUUUGCCACCCUGGUCCUGUGAGGUCCAUGAGCGACCCCGAAUUCGUGUGGGAAAGCCGGAAAGACAUUAGAGAUGGUAAGGAAGGAAACUGUGGUGAAUCCACCAAAGACGGCUCCUGUUCACUUGGACCAGUAUCAGACAGAAUUAAACACUUUCAGUCAAGUGGUCCCACUCAAAGAACCGAACGUGAAAGUAGAGAUAUUAAAGCAAAUCAAUGUCGAAGUCCCAGCCCGACACACAGAACUCAACCACAAGCUCCUGCCGAACCCCCGGCAGCAACACGUCCAACAGCUGCUGCGAAACCAGAACCUUCACGUAGUAUGUCAGACAGUAGUGUCGUGCCUGGACCGCCACCUGUGAACGUAUUCGGACCAGUUAAGAAGUUCAAGCCAGUGCUCUGUAGAUCUUUUGAGAAAGAUGCCUCUCUGCACAGCAACCUAAUGGAGUCCAUCCAGGCAGCAGGAGGCAAGGACAGGCUCAGGAAGAUAUCCUCAUCUGGUGCCAGGAGCCAGAAGGAGGCUUGCCCUGACGAGAAUGAGAGGUCUGCUCUUCUUGCUGCUAUUCGAGACCAGAGCAGCACUGGCAGGCUGAGGAAGACUAAAUCUGGCGCUGCAGAUGAGUUGGAAAAGUUCAGGUCAGCGUCAGGCGAGCAAAGGGCAGACGCUCCCUCUUCUCCCUCGCCAAUUUCUUUGACUUGCACUUUUCCGGCAUCAUCCACGCUUGCACCUCCUCCUCCUCCUCCUCCUCCUCCUCCUCCUCCUCGUCCGCUCCCCUCGGACCAGUCGAAGCCUUCCGCUGUGGCGCAUCCAAAUGCCAACGCCGUCUUGAACCCCGCCUUGGCCAGGGAGGCUAUGAUGGAGGCCAUCCGCUCUGGAGCUGCUGCCGAGAAGUUAAAAAAGGUGGCAGUGCCCACAAAGACGGUCCAAGUGAACGGCAGAAUGGGAACAAUGCACGCAACCUCGUCCUCCAGUCUUCGUUAGGAAUGAGCAUAGCAUCACAAGUAAAAGCAUUUCCAAGAUUCCUCUGUUGGUCGCGUUUGACCCGCCGCGCUUUGGAAUGGACGUUUAUAAACCGGUCACGUUAAGUCCAUGUUAGAGAUCCGAAUGCGUGGAACCAAAUAGUUUUCCGUCUCAUAACUUUCUCCCCAGCUCUUGACUUCUUGUCCGGUGCUUCCUCAUUAAAGACGUCUGAAACUGUUAUUUUCACAUCGUUUUGGGACGCCCUCCUGCCCGACGAAUGUUUAGUUGCAAACACUUGUCUCAAAAAAGCUGUCGCAGGUGAAAGGUUUUAUGAAAUCAGAUGUUUGUCAGCUCAGUCACUGGCCGCCUUCUGCGAGAUGCGUCCGUCUCGAUAACACAAAAACUUGCUUAACUCUAGUUUUGGAGGUUUUAACUGGAGCGUCGAUCUACAGACAAAAAGUGCCAAUGAAAGCAGAAUAUUUCACAUGGUUUGUGCUACUUCCAUAGCCUGCUCUUUUGUUCUGUUAGUUUUAUGUUUGUCUACCGCAGCUGAGAUUUGGAUGCCUUAUCAUGUUGUGUUGCUCAGUGUUAUGAUGUACAAAAAUGUUUUCUGUUAGAAUUCCAAACGUGGUGCAAUACGUUCAAGUUAGCAUGUCCUUAUUUGAAAUACUUAACACAUUGAAGUACACUUAAGAGUGUAUUUUCUGUAGCUGUGGUAAAGAAUGCCAAGUUUUACAGUAAUGCUGGUGCGGAGGAGAAAAAAAUGGUUUGAGCCACUAGUGCCUGCUAGCUUGUCAUGCUACUGUUUUGGCUCCCAACUUUUAAUUUGUGCUGCUGUUUAACGCAAAGAGCUUCAUGCACGUGCUUGUUCCGCAGUGAUGCUUAUAUAAAAACAUAUAUAGUACAAGACUAGUAGCUAACAUUUGAUUUUUACAUUUACAAAGAGGAUCUGAAGUUGUCUUUGAUGUCUCUGUUAUUUUUUUUUUUUUUUUUUUUAAAAGAAAUACACUGCAGGGCAGCGAUAUUAGUUGAUGAAGAAACACUUACAUGACUUGCGUGUACUUUGGCUUUGCAAUAUUCAUGUCAUGCAGCGGAGCAGUUUUUGGAAACGGGUGGCUUAGAGUGCGCGCGUUGUUGCACUCAAUACCGCUAUGAAACGUUUACAGUUCGGAGUAGCUGUAUUUGGUUUGGGAAGAAUCAAUUGCUGCCAUUUGUAUGCGUUUGGAUUUUAUGUUUGUUUGGAGUGACGACACUAAAGCGUCCAUAAGCAUGUGUAAAUGCUCGCUGCUGUUGAACAAAAUGAGUGAAGCGAUUUGAGUUCCACAUAGAUUAAUUUAUGUUCCUUUUUCAAACUAAAAACAUGAAUUUGUUUGUUUUAUCCAGGGAAUAAACACCUGAGAUGUGUUUUUAAUUGUCUUACUAAAAUGUGUUAUUUUCUUCUAUGCUGGACGAUUGGAUUGACACACAAUAGACCACAUUUCACAGUAGCAUUGUAUAUUUUGUAAACAAAUGACUAUCACUACGGGUUUAUUUUUAUAUUAAUAGAAGCUCUUUGAGCUGAUGGCUAGAGAUUUAUAUAAGCCGCUGCAUUUGAUGUCGUCGCCCCCACCAAGAAGUUUGCACAAUGAUUUUCUCUACCUACUUUUUGACUGAAUAAAUAAUUUUGU